ACAAUAUUUGUGUAAACGUUACGUCUUUUUGACACACCAGCUACCCCAAAAAGUAUUUGGGAAAAUUCGUCAGUAAAUCAUUUAUCUGCAGUUGCGGCGGCCGAGUCUACGAAAAAGCAAGAAAUGCUUUGUUUUGAAAACCUCAGAGAGUCCACGCCCGUUACCAUUGCAACAAUAGAGCUCUAGACAUCGUCAUGCAACCGUAGGCAGCUAAUGUACAUCCAUUUACACCAGAUAAAAUAUGAACAGCUCGAAGUGUGUCACAAAAAUGUAACAUAAGCGAAUUAAUGUAAACAACGACUGCACACUUUAAGGUCUGGAUUAUGUAACUUGCGAUAUUGUUGUCUGAGGUCGAAUUCUAGCAAAACAGAAAAACAAAGAAACAUGGUUAUGCAAAUACAAGUGAAUGAACAAUGCUAUGUUAAUGAGUGCAAAUUCACCCAAACAUGUAUGUCCAAAGAAAGAAUAAAAUAUUGAAUGAAAGUGUAUGUACUUAAAACCAAACUAUUUAUAUUUAACUUAAUAACAAUAAUAAAUACCAUAUUUAUAUUUAAUUUUAUGUCACUCGUAUAUGUUUAGAUUUAAAUAUGUCUGUUUUCAAUGAAAAAUUCCAUUGUGUCCUCUCACGACUUCUAUGGGACUACCCGAAGUUGUGGCGUCCGCGGGGUCCACAAUUCGGCCUGUUCGAGGAACUGGCCGAAAAAGUAAGCCAGGAGAUGGAGGAGCAAGUGUCCGCGGAAAAAGUAAAAAGCACAUUAAGAGCAAUCAGGAACCGUCUGGAACGACUGGAUAAAGGAUUGUCCGCCUCAAUGAAAACUGACGCAUACCUAUGGUAUGCGCGAGAACUUCAAUAUUGGCGGGCUGUUGAGGUAUUGCAGAACGCCGAGUUGAUGCAGAAAAAACGACGGCUCGAAGAGAGCCCUGAAACCGUAGGCAUCGACCUGGCUGAUGCCGCCCCGUUAAAAACAAAGGCAGAAACGAACGACUCCGCUCAAGCUGAUUUCGGGUCGUUCAAAGAGGAAGUCAUGGAACCAAUCCAGGAGGAUAACGACGGACCGUCCACUUCUGCGACGGCCGCGCAUGCGCUGAAAAAACAGCGGCGCGACGCGAGCCCUGAAGCUGUAGGCAUCGACCUGGCUAAUGCAGCCCCGUCAAAAACAAAGGCAGAAACGAACCACUGCGCACCAGUUGAUUUCGGGUCGUUCAAAGAGGAAGUCAUGGAAUCAAUCCAGGAGGAUAGCGACGGGCCGUCCACUUCUGCGGCGGCCGCGCAUGCGCAGAAAACACAGUGGCGCGACGCGAGCCCUGAAGCCAUAGGCAUCGACCUGGCUGAUGCCGCCCC